UCGAACGGUAGAAACGGCGCGCGCUGGCCACGAACGCUCGACGCGCGAGCAAUAGUCGACGGCAGUCACCAAGUGGCAGUCGCGCUCAGCAGAUCAGCGUUCAAUUGUACAGUGAAUUAGUGCGUGUCGCGUUUAACGCUCCGUUGUGGUCUCGAGAGUUUCAUCACACGACCAGAAUUGCUUCCGCGCCUUUGAAUGAUAAGUCGGUGCGUGGAAAAGUUUGAAGCGCCAAGUGAUAUUGAGUGGCUGUGACGUUGAUAGUUAGAUAAAGUCGCAGAAGACACUAUUUUUUUGUUGUUAUAUGUUGAGCUCAGCGCUGUAAGCAAGCGCAAGGGAAGCAAAUGGAUCUGUUUUGGUGGCGAAAGGAACCGGAGCCACCACCGCCGCCGCCGCCAAGCGCCAUGCAGAAUCGAUUGAUUGAGUUCGUGGCGGGCUCGCUGGGUGGCGCCACGCAGGUGUAUGUCUCACAGCCGCUGGACACGGUUAAAGUGAAGCAGCAGACAUUUCCCUUCCUCUACAAGAACAUGUUUGAAUGUUUUAUGAACACGUACAAGAAGGAUGGCAUAUUUCGCGGCCUUUACGCGGGCAGUGUGCCGGCCGUUAUCGCAAAUGUGGCUGAAAACUCUGUGCUCUUUGCCGCAUAUGGCGGCUGUCAGUCCUUCGUGGCAUAUUUGGUGGGCAAAGAGAACCACAGUCAACUGAAUACGACGGAAAAUGCAUUUGCUGGCUUCUUCGCAGCGUUCUUUUCGACAUUCACGCUGUGCCCUACCGAGUUGGUGAAGUGCAAAUUGCAGGCGAUACGCGAGUCCCAUGAAUGUUGCCCCGGCAUACCGGCGAACGAGAAUAUGACGCCUUGGAAAUUAACCAAAAUUAUCUACAAAGCAGAGGGUGUGCCCGGCUUUUUCCGCGGUCUCACCUCGACGUUCAUGCGCGAAAUGCCUGGUUACUUCUUCUUCUUUGGCAGUUACGAGUUGACGCGUGAGCUACUCACUAAACCCGGUCAGACGAAGGACGAUAUUGGUCCACUUAGAACCAUGUUUGCUGGCGCCGUUGGCGGCGUUAUGCUGUGGACAAUGAUUUUCCCCGCCGAUGUUAUCAAGAGUCGCAUACAAGUGCAGGGUUUGAGUCACGGCAUGCUAACGGUGGGCGUCGAUAUUGUGCGCAAAGAGGGCAUACUGGCACUCUACAACGGUUUAUUACCGUCUGUGUUACGCACGAUACCGGCGACGGCGACGCUAUUCGUAGUUUACGAAUAUACGAAGAAAAUAUUGCACGAGGAAUUCGAUCCCAAAAGCGCGCCCACGGACAAGAAAUAACAGUUAUUUUUCAAUAUUUGAUUUUACAUUGUGUUCCUUAGGUAUAUAAUUCGCUAACUAAUAUUAGUGGCGUUAUUUGUACAUUUAAUGU